UUACUCUUGCAAGAGGUAAAGGAAAGGGAGAUCCGAGAUGACGAGCGAGACAGAAGACGCUGUGCGACGCCGUACAGCUGCCACCGACUAUCGGAAAAAGCUUCUCCAACACAGGGAGCUCGAGUCCAGAGUCCGUACAUUGAGAGAGAAUUUGCGUGCUUCAAAAAAGGAAUUUGCCAAGACAGAAGAUGAUUUGAAGUCUCUUCAGAGUGUUGGGCAGAUCAUAGGAGAAGUUCUCAGGCCUCUUGACAAUGAACGCUUGAUAGUUAAAGCAAGCAGUGGACCAAGAUAUGUGGUUGGCUGUCGUAGUAAAGUGGACAAGGAGAAACUAACUGCUGGUACCAGAGUGGUUCUUGAUAUGACUACUCUCACAAUCAUGCGGGCUCUUCCCCGUGAAGUUGAUCCAGUUGUCUAUAACAUGCUUCAUGAAGACCCUGGUAACAUUAGUUAUUCAGCUGUGGGAGGGUUGUCAGAUCAGAUUCGAGAACUUAGAGAAUCUAUAGAACUGCCUCUAAUGAAUCCUGAGCUCUUUAUAAGGGUGGGAAUCAAACCUCCCAAGGGUGUACUUCUCUAUGGUCCUCCUGGUACUGGAAAGACAUUAUUGGCGAGAGCAAUUGCUAGCAAUAUUGAUGCCAACUUCUUGAAGGUUGUAUCAAGUGCUAUUAUAGAUAAAUACAUUGGUGAAAGUGCAAGAUUGAUUAGGGAAAUGUUUAACUAUGCACGUGAUCACCAACCCUGCAUUAUAUUCAUGGACGAGAUCGAUGCCAUCGGUGGGCGUCGUUUCAGUGAGGGAACUAGUGCUGAUCGUGAAAUUCAAAGAACUUUAAUGGAAUUGCUUAAUCAGCUGGAUGGAUUUGAUCAACUUGGAAAGGUUAAAAUGAUUAUGGCUACAAACAGACCUGAUGUUCUAGACCCUGCACUUCUUCGUCCUGGGCGACUAGAUAGGAAAAUUGAAAUUGCAUUACCUAAUGAACAGUCGAGGAUGGAAAUCCUCAAAAUCCAUGCUGCUGGAAUUGCUAAACAUGGUGAAAUUGAUUAUGAAGCUGUUAUAAAGCUUGCUGAGGGCUUUAACGGUGCUGAUCUUCGCAAUGUUUGCACUGAAGCUGGAAUGUCUGCAAUUCGUGCGGAGCGCGAUUAUGUUAUUAAUGAAGAUUUCAUGAAGGCCGUGAGAAAGCUGAAUGAAGCCAAGAAACUAGAAUCAAGUGCUCACUACAGUGCUGACUUCGGAAAGGAGUAAUGGGUGAUUGGAAUUCUUUAAUGGUUUUAAUGGCAUCUUAAUUCUCCCGGUUGCCAAGGACUGAAUUGAGGAUGGAGACAUUAGAAUCAGCUGGCCGUUUGUUUUCCCUUAGGACCAUGUUGAUUUAGCAUGGACCCCUGAGAAAAGGCGGUCGCCACAAGCAUGGUUUGGUCUCGGAGGGACAUUGUCACAUCUCAUCUUCAAUUUCUUCUGCAUGCAACCUUAUCAGGUUUUAAGUUUUACAUGAUAAAACUAUGAGUUGUACGGAUCUUGUAAUUUUUCCCGGGUCACAUUACCGUCAAAAUGAAUAUUUUUUUUUUUCCCUAAGCCGAUUCUGAAAGCUAUCUCGCGGCGGGCAUUGAAUUGGGCUGACUGCAGGAAAGGAAAUUGAUUUUGCAAACCUACAGGCUGUGUUUGGGAUUG